GACAUUGUCAAUGUUGAUUUCGACUUUUUCAAUCCUGAGCCCGUUGAUUUCCAUGCGCUUAAAAGACUAUUGGGCCAGCUGUUCUCAUCAGACGCAGAACUUAUCAACUUGUCGGAUAUUGUUGACAUUAUUAUCGAGGAAAACCAUGUGGGCACAACAGUCAAAGUAGACGGACAGGAAUCGGAUCCUUAUGCAAUCCUCAGCGUAAUUAAUCUCAACGAACAAAAGGAAAAUGAAGGUGUCAAGUCAUUAUGCUCUUACCUUUUGGCAAAGUGCCCCAAGAAGGAAGAGAAGGUUCACAAGGCAGUGACAGAUAUACUCUCACUUAAAAAGAGCUCUGGAAAUUCUGUGGGAUGGAUUGUAUCUGAGAGGUUUAUCAACAUGCCAGUAGAAAUUAUGCCUCCAAUGUAUUCUAUGUUACAACAAGAGUUGAAACAGGCAGUAGAAAAGAAAGAGCCUUAUGAUUUCGAAUGGUAUAUGAUUAUCUCUAAAACAUACAAAGAAGUGUCUUCAUCUCUUGAUGAAAACGGCGAAGAAGAGGAGCCAAAAGCCCCAAAAAAGAAGUCUAAAAAGGCCUCUAAACCUGUGGACGAAACAUUUUAUUUCCAAGCAGAAGACGAAAUCAUCGCAAAGUAUGCAACCUAUCAGUUUGACUUCAAAUUCACAAACAGUGAAAAGGAAUCAGUAUCCGACGCAAAACGUGCAUUCUCUGACUUUGGCAUUGCACCAUCACGUAAACUCUUGCUAGUUCACAAAUCCAAGUUUGACGAAUUAGUAGGAGAUAUUGAAGCCACUUGCACAAAUAUCGUUCCUAUUGAUGAUUAG